GCCCGUUGAGCGUUGACUGAAAAGAGUCGAGGGGAGAGGAAUCACAAAAGAGCAGAAGCACUGGCGUUACACGUGUGCUAUGUUUAUCCGUUCAGUAAUAGUCUGUUUUUUCUUCCAAGAGCUCAUUUCAUCCUCUGUGUUAGCGGAUCCUUUGGUAGAAGCGUUUGAUGUAGCUGUGCGUGAUGCAAAGCGACUACUGGUUAUUUUCACUAAGGAAUGCUGCGACUGUGAAGACUGCGUGGAGGCAGAAGCGAUAAUAACAGCCAAAACACCGGAGCUCGAAGAUGACUUCGGAAUAUCUACGUUUAAAGUGACAAGUGGCGUAGACCUGGAAAGUCGGUAUGGCAUUACAUCCCGUCCCAGCCUAUUAUUCUUCAGGGACAAAAUACCAGCACUCUACGACGGACCUAUCCACCCUGACCAUAUUAUGGAAUGGCUACACCAGAGUCUGGAGCCUGGAGUUAAAUCGCUAAAUGACCAAACAUUUGAACACCUGACACAAGCAGCAACUGGAGCUACAACUGGAAAUUGGCUCGUUGUGUUUUUUAGGUAUUCGUGCCCCAAGGGAAAUAUAUUGAGACCAGUCCUUGAGGGUUUGUCACCAAAGAUCAAGUUGCAGACCAAUGUGGCCACAGUAGACAUUGAGACAAACCCAGAGCUUGUGGAGAGGUUCUCUAUAAAGGACUGCCCUACAGUGCUUUUCUUCCGGCUUGGUAAGAUGUACAAGUAUGAGUCCACCAAGCGAGACAUCAAGUCUUUGAAGCACUUCACAGAGAGCCUAUACAGAAACAUGAAAGCUUAUUCCGUCCCUAUGCCACAGAGUCCUUUCGACAAGCUCACCGAAGCCAUUGCCGAUUUUGCCAAGGAGCACAGACAAGUUCUUUUGAUAGGAUCCACAGCAGCCCUCACCGCUGUCUAUUUGUCGUAUAAGGUCCUCUCCUUGCAAAAAGCAAAGGCCCUUAAAAAGGAAUAAUGUACAGAAGAAACCCCUGUCAAUGCCUUUGCAUGUCCAAUAAAAUUUGGACAUUUUUCUUA